AUGGCCGGCGGGGGCUGCCCCGGCCGCCUGGCGCCGGUGCUGCUGCUCGCCCUGCUCUGGCCGGGCCGCGCCGCGGCGGAGAACUGUGUAUGCAAAGGUAAAAGUCCCUGCUAUUGUGAUAGCACAAAAGGUAGUAAGGGUGAAAAAGGCUUUCCUGGUGUUCCAGGCCCACCUGGUCAAAGAGGCUUUCCUGGUCCAGAAGGGCCUCCAGGGCCACAGGGACCAAAGGGUUCUCCAGGACUUACAGGCUUAGUUGGACCCAAAGGUAUCCGAGGAGUCCCAGGAAUACCUGGAUUUUCAGGUCCUCCAGGCCUUCCAGGUGAACCAGGGACUGUUGGUCCUCCUGGGCUCCCAGGUGUUCCAGGAUGCAAUGGCUCAAAGGGUGACCAAGGAUUUCCAGGUCCUCCAGGUCAAAGAGGUGCUCCAGGCCUUCCAGGAGUUGCUGGUAUCAAAGGAGAGAAGGGGUACCCUGCAGAGGGAUAUAGCCAAGAGUAUGGUGCAAAAGGUGAUCCUGGAUUACCAGGAAUGCCUGGUCUCCAGGGUGCCCAGGGUGCUCAAGGAUUUCCUGGGGAGCUUGGACCACAGGGCCCUCCAGGACCUUUAGGCAUGCCAGGAAAACCAGGACCUCCUGGACCUAAGGGUCUUAUGGGACUGAAAGUAAUAGGAGCCAAAGGAAGGAAGGGUGACACUGGGUUAACUGGACCCCCUGGGCCCCCAGGAACUGUUAUUGUGACGUUAACUGGACCAGACAACAUGACGGACUUGAAAGGAGAAAAAGGAGAAAAAGGAUCAAGAGGACUCCCAGGACCAAUGGGGUUUACAGGGCCAGUUGGUGAUUCCCAAAGUGAAAAGGGUGACCGAGGAGAACCAGGAGCACAGGGGAAGCCUGGAAAAGAAGGUGCUCCAGGUCCACCUGGCUUACCGGGACAAAAGGGUGAACAGGGCAAGCCAGGACUGGCUGGAAGGCAAGGAGCUAAGGGGAUGAAAGGAAACCCUGGUCCACCUGGAGCUUGUGGUCGAACGGAGUAUUACGAUUAUGUGGUUGGUGAAAAGGGGGAUGAGGGACCCCCUGGACCUCCAGGACCAAAAGGUCAACGUGGCAUGCCUGGGCCACAGGGUCCUCCUGGAGCUGCUGGUAGACCAGGUGUGUCAAGACCUGGUAUGAGAGGCCCCCCAGGAUUCCCUGGGCCAAAAGGAACAAAAGGAGAGAGAGGACAAAUUGGCUUGUGUAUUGUAGGCCCUCCAGGACUGCCUGGUAUUACUGGCAGGCCUGGUUCUGUUGGAUUGCCAGGUCCUCCAGGAGAACCAGGUAGAGUAACAUUUGGAACUGGCCUGCCAGGACUUCCUGGAGAGCCAGGGUGUACAGGACCUCCAGGACUUCCAGGAGAUACUGGCAUGAGAGGUGAUGCUGCUGGUGUGUGUACUGAUUGUAGCUACAUUCCGGGAAUGCCUGGUAUUCCUGGUUCUGCUGGACCUCGUGGUCAGGAUGGCAUGCCUGGUAGAGAAGGAACAACAGGUCCAAAAGGUUCUCCAGGUUCUCCAGGAACACCAGGGCUUCCAGGGGCUCAAGGGCCUCCAGGUUUCAGAGGAGAUCAAGGCCGUAAAGGAUCAAAAGGUGAACCAAGAUAUGUACAUCCAGAAGGGCCAAAAGGUGAGCAAGGAGAUCCAGGAGCCAGGGGAGAAAAAGGAAGAAGAGGUUCAAGUGGAUUUCUGGGAAGACCUGGCUCUAAAGGAUCCAAAGGUUCUAAAGGUGAAGAGGGAUUGGCUGGAUCAAAAGGAGAUAGAGGACUACCUGGAUUGCCUGGUGGAAUUGGGCUUCCUGGAGAAAUGGGGCUUCCUGGACUGGCAGGUUAUGGACCACAAGGAGUUAGAGGUUUUAAAGGCUCUAAAGGAAUACCUGGGCCACCUGGAUUACCUGGAGAAGCAGGUCUGAAAGGAGAGACCAGUAGGGCAACUCCAUUACCUGCAGUGCCAGGACCUCAGGGACCACAUGGUUUACCCGGACCCCCAGGAGUGCCUGGUAGGGUUGGAGCAAGAGGUCAGCCAGGUGAUCCAGGACAUUCAGGGCCAACAGGUGACACAGGCUUUCCAGGGCUUGGGUUUCCUGGAAACCCAGGUCCAAAAGGAGAUAAAGGACUUGCAGGAGGCAGAGGGCCACCAGGUUGUGAAGGAAAGAUUGGAGAUCCGGGCCGAGCUGGAAACCUAGGACAACCAGGACAAAAGGGUGAGCCAGGCAUGAUUAUUCCUGGAGAGCCAGGCAGAAUGGGUUCACCAGGAGGUCUCGGCAGUCCUGGCUCAAAAGGUGAAGUUGGACUUCCAGGACUCCCAGGCCUACCAGGGCAUCCUGGGCAUGAUGGUGAUGAUGGCCUAAGAGGAGAUCGUGGCUCACCUGGAGCUCCUGGAGACCCGGGUUUUCCAGGGAAACCUGCUGAAUGUCUUAUUGGCCUGCCAGGUUUGCCAGGUGGCCAGGGAGCUACAGGCCCACCAGGAGGAAGAGGUUUACAAGGUUCAAAAGGAAACCUAGGUACUCCUGGUUUGAGUAUCCCAGGAACCUAUGGAAGGCCUGGGGAACCUGGAUUAAUAGGUCUUCAGGGAAAAACAGGAUUACCUGGUCCCAAGGGACAACCUGGAAGGCCAGGAAUCUCUGGUUUGCCAGGUGCAAGGGGAGAUCCAGGUGUAAUGGGACUGUUAGGAAUUCCUGGACCCCCUGGCAUGGUUGGAAGACCAGGCAACCCUGGUAUCCAAGGCUCUCCUGGCUUUCCAGGAAUAAAGGGAAGAAAAGGAUUUCUUGGAGAAAAAGGUGAAGCAGGUGAUAAAGGUUUUCCAGGACCAUCUGAGACCUUGGUUGGUAUUGGGGACAAAGGAGAACGAGGUUUAAAAGGAGUUCAAGGCCAAAUGGGUGUGAGGGGAGAAAAAGGAGACGUUGGUGUGCAAGGUCCACCAGGUGUUGAUGGGUCUGAAGGAAUGCCUGGUGUACCAGGAGCCAAGGGAUUUAUGGGUCUUCCAGGGAUUCCUGGAGGACAAGGAUUCCCAGGUGCACCUGGAGACCAAGGGGACAUGGGAAUUCCAGGUCCAAAAGGCCAGAAAGGAUCUCCAGGCUUUCCAGGACCAUCAGGUGACCCUGGUCCACCAGGCUAUGGUGGCUUUCCAGGUGACAAAGGAGAUCCUGGGUACCCAUCUGCUGGGCCUCCAGGAGAACCUGGCCCAAAGGGAGAUCCAGGUCCUCCAGGAGUUUUUGGCAGCAAAGGAGAAAAGGGCUCUGAGGGUCAACCAGGGCUUACAGGAGUACCAGGACCACAUGGGAUCAGAGGGGAAACUGGAGGUGCAGGAAUCCCAGGGCAGUGUGGACCCCCUGGAAAUCCUGGUGUUAAAGGAUGCCAGGGCCGCCCAGGACAGCAGGGAGUCCCAGGCCCUCCUGGUGCUGUUGGAGCCCCUGGAAAACCUGGGCUUGUUGGUGAAAGGGGUACUCAAGGUCAGGAUGGUAUGCCUGGUCCCCCAGGAGUAAAGGGAGAACCAGGACCACCAGGGAGAGGGAUCCCUGGUUUUCCAGGUAUUCCUGGGCGUAGAGGAAUCAAAGGGGACAUGGGACUGCCUGGUUUUCCUGGGCCUCCAGGUGUGAAAGGUCAUCAGGGAGAUCAAGGACCCAUUGGACCUCCUGGCUUAGUGGGGUUACCUGGAUUUCAGGGCUCCACAGGCAUGGCAAUCAUUGGCCAGAAAGGGAACAGAGGUAUUCCUGGCACACAUGGAAGACCAGGUGCUCCUGGUUUUCCAGGCCUUCCUGGUCUUUCCACUCUCAGCGUGAAAGGAAGCAAAGGUGUCCAAGGGGCAGAUGGAAUUCCAGGGCCAAGGGGCCCAGCUGGUGACAUUGGCCCUCCUGGUCCCAAAGGAAUAGAAGGUCGAUCAGGCUAUCCUGGUGCAAGAGGGGACCCUGGAUUUCUUGGAUUCCCAGGUGUAAAAGGAGAAAAGGGUAAUCAAGGACCCCCAGGACCACAAGGUGCAGAAGGGCCAAGGGGACCAAAGGGCCAGCAAGGCCCACCUGGAUUCCCUGGAAAAAUAUUCUCCAUCCCAGGAAGCAAGGGUCCUGCAGGACUGCCAGGAGUCCCAGGAACACCAGGUGAUCAAGGAAUUCAAGGGAUUCCUGGACUACAAGGACCCAAAGGAGUAAAAGGUCUACCAGGCCAUUUUGGUCACCCAGGACAUCCAGGAUUACCUGGUCCAAAAGGAGACAGGGGAUUUCCAGGACCAAGAGGACAACCUGGAUUGAUUGGCUUUCCAGGUCUGCAGGGGUUACCUGGAUCACCAGGUACUAUCACUGCUGGUCCAACAAGAAAAGGAUUUAUCUUUACCCGGCAUAGUCAGACAACGAAGAUUCCUUCGUGCCCACAUGGGACAUCCCAGAUCUAUGUUGGCUAUUCACUGCUUUUUGUACAAGGAAAUGAGCGAGCACAUGGACAAGAUCUUGGAACAGCUGGUAGCUGCUUGCAGAGGUUCAGCACCAUGCCAUUCUUGUUCUGCAGCCCCAAUGAUGUUUGUAGCUUUGCUUCUCGCAAUGACUACUCCUACUGGCUGUCCACUGCAGUGGUGAUGCCACCAGACAUGGCACCCAUUUCUGGCAGGGCACUCGAGCCCCAGAUAAGCAGGUGUGUUGUCUGUGAAGGAGCUGCAAUGGUAAUAGCAGUUCACAGCCAAACAACUGUAGUUCCUGCAUGUCCAGAUGGCUGGAUGUCUCUCUGGAAAGGUUUUUCUUUUGUUAUGUACACAAGUGCUGGCUCAGAAGCUUCUGGCCAAGCAUUGGCAUCUCCUGGAUCUUGUCUGGAAGAAUUUCGGGCCGUCCCAUUCAUAGAGUGCCAUGGCAGGGGGACAUGCAACUACUACACAAAUUCCUACAGUUUCUGGUUGGCAUCAUUAAAUCCAAGAAGAAUGUUCAGGAGACCUGUGCCACAAACUUUGAAAGCAGGACAACUAGAGAAUAUCAUCAGUCGUUGUCAGGUCUGCAUGAAGAGACCAAUCUAA